AUCUGAACAAUUGACCAUGAUUCGAACUCUAUUUUUCCUUGCUUUGGCACUCUGUGCUGUUAAUGCCAAGUACUUCGGAGGAGGAUAUGGAGGACUAGGCGGAUACGGAGGACUAGGCGGAUACGGAGGAUAUGGCGGAUAUGGAGGUCUCGGAGGACUUGGAGGGGGUCUCGGUGGUCUGGGAGGACUUGGUGGACUAGGUGGCGGUUUUGGGGGUCUUGGUGGUAUAGGAGGUGGUUUAGGUGGAAUCGGUGGUUUGGGAGGACUUGGCGGAGGUUUAGGCGGUGGUCUAGGUGGUGGUCUUGGAGGUGGUUUUGGAAAAGGAUACUACUAAGAUGCCUGUGUUUGGAUAAACACACCUGUCCUGUAUAAAUAAAAAUUUGUUUUUGA